UCAUUAUCAUUUUCUACUUAAAUCGUUCCCACUAUAUAUCAUUUGUGUCGUAUCAUUAAACCACAAUUAUUUCUUUCUUUAUAUCACUUUCAAUUCAUAUAAACUCAUACUAUUAUUACUUUCCCAUAUACAUACACUUCACUUCUAUAGUGCUCUUUACCUAUGGUUUUCAAUCAUCUCUUCUAACUUGAUGAUAUUUGAUAUAUCUACCUAGCUAAAAGGUUUUUCCUUUUCUUGAUUGAUAUUUGAUAGAUCUCCUAUAUACUUUUCUAACUUAUUAUUAGGUGAUCUUGAUAAAUAAUUAUCAUCAUGAGGUCACAAGGUUGUACAAUCCAACAAGCCCUUACAUCUGAUGCGGCAGCGGUGGUGAAACAAGCGGUGGCGCUUGCGAAAAGGCGCGGCCACGCGCAGGUGACUCCUCUCCAUGUUGCUCACACGAUGUUGUCGGUGUCAUCGGGCCUACUCCGGGCUGCCUGCCUCCAGUCUCACUCCCACCCACUUCAAUGCCGGGCCUUAGAACUUUGCUUCAACGUGGCUCUAAACCGCCUCCCAACGUCCACAUCUGGCCCGAUGCUUGGCCCGCACUCGGGUCAACAUCACCACCCUACGAUAGCGAACGCCCUCGUGGCCGCCUUCAAGCGGGCCCAAGCCCACCAGAGAAGGGGUUCGAUUGAGAACCAGCAGCAACCCCUCUUGGCAGUGAAGAUUGAGCUAGAGCAGAUGAUCAUCUCCAUACUUGAUGAUCCUAGUGUAAGUAGGGUUAUGAGGGAAGCCGGGUUUUCGAGUCCUUUGGUUAAACAAAAGGUAGAGCAAGCGGUUUCCGUGGAAGCUCCAGCUAGUAAUAAUAACACCAAUAACAACAACAACAACAACAACAUCAAGCCUAAUAAGGAUAGUAAUAAUAAUAUGAAUAAUAAUAAUAAUAAUAAUAAUAAUAAUAAUAAUACUAAUAAUAAUAAUAAUAGUAGUUUUUUAUCCAUGGCUCAAACAGGGUCAUUGAAAGUGGGGAAACCAAGAUUAUGUGAUCAAGUAGUAGGAGUAAGAAAUGAGGAUGUGAUGAGUGUGAUUGAGAGUUUAGUAAACAAAAGAAAGAGAAAUAGUGUGGUGGUAGGGGAGUGUCUUUCAACCUUAGAAGGUCUAGUGAGAGGAGUAAUGGAUCGAGUCGAAAAGGGUGAAGUUCAUGAGCCCUUAAAAGAUGUUAAAUUCAUUCAUCUUUCUUUCGCUUCUUUCGGUCAUCUUUCGAGGGAGGAAGUUGAACAAAGAGUUGGGGAACUUAAGUGUCUUGUUAAGACAUGUUGUAUGGAUAAUAAUAAAGGGGUGAUCUUGUAUUUGGAUGAUCUUAAAUGGGUUAAUGAAUUUAGGGCAAGUAAUAAUAAUAUCCUAGUUGAUCAACAUCAACCAAUAAGGAGAAGCUAUUAUUGCCCUAUUGAACACAUGAUCAUGGAGAUUGGGAAAUUAGCUUUUGGUUAUGCUGGUGAGUGUGGCAAGUUAUGGCUUCUCGGUAUCGCUACCUUUCAGACUUACAUGAGAUGUAGAGCCGGCCAACCCUCACUCGAGGCACUUUGGGGUCUCCAUGCCAUCACUAUUCCUGCCGGUAGCUUGGCCUUAAGUCUUCUUCCUGAGAGUGAUAUACAAAGUCCAUUGACAAGCAAGAAGUUGGAUACGAAUGGAAGUAGUUGGCUGAUGCUAGAAAGUGGUGGUGGAGAAGACAGUUACCGGCCAAGCGGCACCGCGAAUAUGGAGUCACAAAGCCGGCAAAGUAGUGGUUGUAAUAGUGACUCCAUCAGCUCAAGUCUGCCUUCAUGGCUCCAACAGUACAAGGAUGAGAAUAGCAAGAAAGCAAGCAACAUUACCAACAAUGAUCAGGAUUCUGUGCCGGUCAAAGAUCUUUGCAAAAGAUGGGGCUCAAUAUGCACUUCAUCAUCAUCACCAUCAUUUGAAAGAACACUAAGUUUCUCUUCCAUAUCACCUUCUUCUUCAACCUCCAACUUUACAUAUGACCCUCAUCACUCAAGGUUGCAACCUACCCACCAAUGUUUUGAACCCAAGAAUUUUUGGGUCACUGAGCCCUCGAACCGAACUCAUGAUCCAACUACAUUCACCAUGUCAAUGUCACCCAAUGAUCAUCUUCAACGAAGACAUGCGUUCAUAUCUUCAAACCCUAAUUCAACCCCAACCUCGCCUUCCUCCAGUGAUAUCAUGGAUCCAUUUGAAUCAAAAUGUGUUAGAUUCAACGAGUACACUACUGAGAAUCUCAAGAUACUUUGCAAUGCACUCGAGCAACAAGUCCCUAGGAAAAAAGACAUAAUUUUCGAUAUAGUAAGCACGGUAUUACAAUGUAGAUCAGGUAAGUCGCGAAGAAAAUCAAAUGAGAAAAACAUUAAGGAAGAUACAUGGUUGUUCUUCCAAGGUAUUGAUAUUGAAGCCAAGGAGAAGAUUGCUAGGGAAUUAGCAAGGGUUGUUUUUGGUUCAUCACAAGAUAAGUUCAUUUCUAUUGGACUUAGUAGCUUCUCCUCUACAAGAGUCGUAGCAGACUCCUUGGAAGAUUCUAGAAACAAGAGGCUAAGAGAUGAGCAAAGUUGUAGCUAUACCGAAAAGUUUGGUGAGGCGGUGUCAAAUGAUCCUCAUAGGGUUUUCUUUGUUGAGGAUAUUGAGCAAAUGGAUCAUUGCUCUCAAAUGGGGAUCAAGAAAGCUAUUGAAAGAGGUAAAAUCUCUAAGAAUUCAAGUGGGGAAGAAGUUAGUUUUGGUGACGCGAUUAUUAUCUUAAGUUGCGAAAGAUUUAGAUCAAGAUCAAGGGCAUGCUCACCUACAAUGAAGCACAAAGUAGAUGUUACGCCUCAAGAAGAUGACCACCACCAGGUGAUGAGGAACAACAAGGAAGAUGAUACAACUAGUCCUAGUCUUUCCUUAGAUUUGAAUAUAUCGAUAAACGAUGAUGAUGACAAUGAAAACACGGUCGAAAGCGAGUAUUCCAUGGAUGAAAUUGGGCUCCUUGCAUCAGUUGAUAGAUGUAUUGUCUUCAAAAACCACCAACAACUGUGAUGUUCUUCAUGCAUGCAGAUGGGGCUUUUGCAUGUUUUUAUUUAAUUUAUGGGUUUUUUUUUGUAAGGUUAUUUGCCGUAUUAAAUGUUUUUAAUCAUGUAAAAUUCUAGUCUUAAUUAAGCUAGCUACUUUGUAAAUAUACGAGUAACUUAAACAACGAAGGAAUUUCACUACUGUAAUAUCUAAUGUUCAAUCUCUCUUAAUUAUCACUUCUUUUCCACUGCAAAAAAAUAUUAUUAACGACAGUUUUCCAUUCGUAAA